CGGUCAUGUGAUCAGCUGUGUCCCAUCACAGCUGAUCACAUGGCACAUGUGCCCUAAUGAUCAGUGUGGCCCCAGAAGUGCCACCUCUCAGUGUCCAUCAGUGCCAGCUGUCAGCGCUGAACAGUGCCACGUGCCAGUGCCCAUCAGUGCCACAUCAAUGCCACAUAUCAGUGCCUACCAGUGCACAUCAAUGCCACAUAUCAGUGCCCAUCUGAGCUGCCUUUCAAUGUCACCCAUCAGUGCCAGUCAGUGCCACCUAUCAAUGCCAAUCAGUGCCACCUAUCAGUGCUGCCAAUCAGUGCCACCUAUCAGUGCCAGUCAG